UCGUCAAUAAAUCACGAAUUUUGCAUCGGUUACUAUUUCCAUGCUAUGCAUAUUAUCAACUGGUAAGUUUUGAAGCUAGUUACGUUAAUUGUGUACUGUUGUGCCAGCUGUGUUUCCGCUACGCAUGAUGCAUUCGGCCGUCGGAUUGGAAUUGGAGCUACUCCCAAACUCUUCCGAGUUUGAUUUCUGCCGUCUGUGUCUAUCGAAUAUAUACGAGCUUCACCAGCUCUUUCCGGAUGGAUCAACCGGUAGCUUGAACAAUCUGCUACUGGCUAAGAUCCGGUUGCUGGCGGAAGUUACGCUCGCGCCGGCGGAGGAGCUUGAGGCUCACAUUUGUUCCAGCUGCGUGCAGAAGUUGGAAGAUUUCCAUGCCUUUCGGGCGCAAUGCAAAGCAAGCGAUGUCCAGGUACGAAAAAUGCGCGUAGCUCGAAAGCGGAUAAGAGAGGAGGAGGAACAGCGGCAGAAAGAUACUGCUACUCCGGCAGCUGCUACUGCUGCUGCCGCUACUAAGGACAAACGAAAGAAAAAGCAAACGAACGGGGAGAACGAUUCGGAUGCGCCCAACAGUAAGAAGUCCCGCAUGGAGACUCCGCCGGUUCUGCUGGCCGGAGGAUCCACUCUCGGCGGGGUGUUCGAUUUGGUUCAGUAUUGCGAAGACGGCGGCACUCCCGGCGAAUAUUGCCUGCUGGCGCAAGGUUUCGUGUACCGACACGAAAAUCUGCUGAGGUGGCGCUGCGAAUUGGCUGAGCACGAAAAGUGCGAUGCUCGGCUAGAAAUCGAUGCGGACUUCAAGAAGUUUCAGGUUACCUUGAAGCACAGUCACGUCAAGCUGGACAAGGAUGGUGAUCAACGGACUUUCGAAAAGAUAACACCCCAAAUUUGCACCUUUUUGGCCAAGCUGCAGCUGCAGCAGUUCGAUCUGUCCGAAACUCCGGUAGUGGGAGAGAGACCGGCCGAUGCCGCGGCGGAUGAUUCCGAUAUCGAUAUUCUCGCUCAGGAACUGUACGACGACUCAGCAACCGAUACCCUACCGGGUGUUCCGAUGGCGCAGAUGAUUUCGGCCCGGGCCAUCCAAGUGGUCCAAUCGGCCGAGAAACCGACGAUCACGAUGAACGGCUUUACCUACCUGCAGGAAGCGGUCAUCAAACAUAUGAAACCGGAGCAGAUUCGCUGGCGCUGUGAGGAGGAAAACUGCCAGGGUAUGAUUGUGACCACCAAAGAUUAUCGCAGCUAUGCGCUCGGCAAGCCGCACAAGCAUGUACCGCGUUCGGUAGCAUCCGAUUCGUCGUCGACGAAUCGUUCGAGAUCGGCCAGUCGCAACGAUGAACCACUUUUGGAGGUCAUGAGAGAAGUACCCGAAGAAGUUACGGCUAAGAACAAAUCGACUACCUUUAAGGGGAUGCGAACGGCCGGCGGAAUUUCGUUGGUUGAAGAAUUUAAGAAAGCCGGUACCGAUCAUAGUUUCUUCAAAGCAUCCGAUGGAUCCUAUCACAUGCUUCACGAUAACUUCUUUUACAAGCGAAACUAUGCCUAUUCCUCCGAAGGAGGCGAAACAAUGUGGAAAUGCACCACGGAAAGUUGCCCGGGAACGUUGAUUGCUUUCAAGUACAUGAAAAAAUUGGUCGGAGGCGUGCCGCACAAUCAUGACGCGGUUCGCUCCGGAACCGGAGAGGUGGCACCUUCCACAUCGACCAGCACACCGCAGGUGGAACAGGAAACUGUAGCCACCGGCCAGGUGGACAUCAGCGAAAUCGGCUUCUAUCGCAACUCGAAAAACGUAAUUUCACUGCUCUACGAGGGCUUCAGUUACAGCCUGCAAAAUUUCCUUCCAUCGGGCAACAGUUUCUGGAACUGCACCUGGAACAAGUGCGGCGGACGGAUACAAGCGGGAGCACAUUUUGAAUUUCUGAAAUCCGAAAAGCGCCAUUUCCACAACCCUCCAUCGCUGGCCACGCCGAAGAGCUGGAUUCCACCGCCGGCGGCCAUCAAGGAGCUGCUCGAUAAGGUGAAACUGAACGACGAGAUUCGGCGAAAAAUUCAAGCCCCGCCCACGUUGUGCUACUCGGAGCUCAAAGAAAAAAUGGACAAAAAGACGCCUCACAAUCGUUCCAAGACGGUUAAUCUGACGGAGGAGACGUAGAUCGGCCAGCUGUUUUGAACUGCACGUAGUCGUAUCACCGUCGGAUGGUGUGCGUGUGCGUGUCUGUAUGUCUGUAUGCACGAUUGAAUGAAGGAUGCCGUUUGUAUUAUCAUAUGAAGCUGUGGCUAAGGGUGAACAAUACCGGAUGGCCGCGGUAUUGAACGAUGUAGGUUAUCGAAUGAAAUUUAAAUUGUAUUUUUAGCCAUCUUAAA